CUGGAAGUGUGCGUAUGGAAGCGGGCGGUGCCGUCCGUCUACUUCCGGUGUGUUAGAACCUCUCACCAGAAGGCAGACAAGCGUUGAAGAAUGGAGAUGCUAACAUGAAACAUUACUAACAAGUAUCACCGAGAACCUCGUCUCAAACAUCAGGCAAACAUCUCUACCAACCUCCUCCAAACAACAAAUACAGCCGCCGUGCGCAUGUGUGUGUGUCCUUUGCAUCUGGAUUUAUCGCAACCAAGGGUGACCACCUUCUACCCUUCCGUGACAAAUGUUGAGGCCAGAGUGAGGACAGAGGAGAGUGUCCAAAUCAGCCUUUGUCUCAUGAGUGUGUGUGUGCCAUCCAGGCACUGCCAGUAACCAGGGCUGUGGCUGUGGUGGGCCCGGCCCAGGGGGCCUUUAUACACGUCACUCCAGGCCCCCGUUGACCUGUGCCACUCACACCAUGGAUCCACAGAGGGACAAAUAUGGCGAGCGGCCUGCCAGGAGCACUAAGGUUUCCCAGGGAAGUCGCAGUGGGCACUCGUCUCGACCGUCAGGCUCCUCAAGCUCCUCUGGGGUUCUCAUGGUGGGCCCAAAUUUUCGUGUUGGCAAGAAGAUUGGCUGCGGAAACUUUGGUGAACUGAAAUUGGGUAAAAAUCUCUACACCAAUGAAUAUGUAGCCAUUAAACUGGAACCGGUGAAGUCAAGGGCACCGCAGUUGCAUUUAGAGUACCGGUUCUACAAAACCCUUGGAACUACAGCCGAAGGUGUCCCCCAGGUUUUUUACUUUGGGCCCUGUGGGAAAUACAAUGCCAUGGUUCUGGAAUUGUUGGGCCCGAGUCUGGAGGACCUCUUUGACCUAUGUGACAGGACCUUUUCAUUGAAGACUGUCCUAAUGAUUGCAAUCCAGUUGAUAUCUCGAAUGGAGUAUGUGCAUUCUAAAAACCUCAUCUAUAGAGAUGUAAAACCUGAAAACUUUCUCAUCGGGCGCCAAGGAAAUAAAAAGGAACACAUCAUCCACAUCAUUGACUUUGGCCUGGCCAAAGAGUACAUUGACCCUGAGACCAAAAAACACAUUCCAUACCGGGAACAUAAGAGCCUGACUGGUACUGCCCGCUACAUGUCCAUCAACACACAUCUGGGCAAAGAGCAAAGCCGACGAGAUGACCUGGAGGCCUUAGGUCACAUGUUCAUGUAUUUCCUUCGGGGGAGUUUGCCAUGGCAGGGGCUAAAGGCUGACACACUGAAAGAACGAUACCAGAAGAUCGGAGAUACUAAACGAAACACUCCCAUCGAGGUCCUAUGUGAGAAUUUCCCAGAGGAGAUGGCCACCUACCUGCGAUAUGUAAGACGGUUAGACUUUUUUGAAAAGCCCGACUAUGAAUAUUUGAGGACUUUAUUCACUGAGCUCUUUGAGCGCAAAGGAUACACCUUUGACUACACAUACGACUGGGUUGGCAGGCAGAUUCCCACACCGGUGGGAUCUGUCCAUAUAGACUCUGGGGUCUCUGCAGUCACGAGAGAAAGCCAUCCUCACAGAGACCGGACCUCAGCACACCCACCAAUAAGAAAUCAGACAGCAGUCUCUGAUCGACGAGGAGCAUGGGAGGUACAGCCCACUCGCCAAGCAAACUCCUCCUAUCUGACCUCACACCUGGCAGCGGACAGGCACGGGGGCUCAGUGCAGGUGGUCAGCUCAACCAACGGGGAGCUGAAUGCUGACGAUCCACUAGCAGCUCAUUCUAAUGCACCGAUCACAGCCCAGGCAGAGGUGGAAGUGGUGGACGAGGCCAACUGCGUGAAAAUGCUCAACCUGUGGUGCUGCUGCUUCUUCAAACGGAAACGGAAGAAGAACACACCGCGACACAAAUGAUCGUCGAGAGGCAGCCCCAAACAUUCUGGCUCUGUUGAUUUCUGCCCCCAGAAGUCUGCAAGGUUCCAUUCAGACUAACAGAGAUGUCUGGAUUGCAGCGUUCUCUGAAAGGAACAGUUUUGGUUUUUUUUACUUUGUCAUUUGACGGGAGUACCUUUUUUCCCCCUCUAGGAUACGGGGGCGAACAUUUUCUUGGAACUUUUGCAGAGGAUAAUCUUUUGGGUUCCAAGAUGCUUUGGGAUUUUUUUUUCCUCCUUUUGGCAUCCCCCCCUAUGUUUUAUGAUUGUUUGUUUUGCCUCGCUAAGUCAUCUUUUCAUUUCCCCGUCGUUGAGUUUUGGGGUAUUCCUGACGUGGGACUGAAUGUAAACUGGUGACACACAAGGAGCCGGGAGCGUAAAUGGCCGCCAUGGGCUCCUGCACUUUCUGCCUCCAAAGAGACGAGCCGUGGGACCAGAGACACAGGAGGCCACACCCACACACCUCCUGCACUGUGUUCUCACAGGAGGAUUUCUAACCCUCGCUCCCCCCUCUCGACACACUACAAUCCCUUCAGACUCUUGUCCUCUUUGGUUCUACGAACUGAACACUUGUAGUUGGGCUGAAAGAAGAAAGUAUUUAUGAUAUUUAUCUCUUGGUCGCCACCCGUUUUCUUACUAAUUCUCCAACAUACACACUGAAUGUAUGGACAAGGAAAUGACUCUGGAGCAUUUAUAUCAUUUGUCCUGUGCAUGGUAAGGAAAGAGUCGGAGUCGAUGCGGGGAGAUCCUGGUCAAUAAUCGACUUUCCACCAGUAGUUGCUUUGGAGCGUAGACAAACUCCUUAGCUUGUCAACACUACUGCUCACUGCCUUAACCCAAACAACCACCUCACUCUACUGGCAUACACAAGGCUUUGUACAAGAUGGCGACAUUUAAGAGAUCAAACAAUACAAAGACCCACUUUGUGAUGGCUGGACCUUCCGUUCCAGUCUGAAGCCCCGCACUGCAAAGCAUCGCUUGACGAUCCUGACUGUUGUCCAUCGUGUUGGCAUGGUGUCCAUGUGGUUCAGUGUUUUUACUUGGUGUCACGGAGGGCUGCCUUGAAACGAUAUCCUCAGUAAGUCACCUUGCCUAUCCUCCUAACACAGUGAAUUCCUUUUUAUGUUUGUUUGUUUUUUUUUAUUUGACGUCUUGCUAAUGUGAACAUUUUUUGAAAUGCAUUUUUUUAAUUGUUUGUUCAAUCCAAAUAGCCAUGGCUUUAAGGGGAAGGAGAGGGUAGCAACGUGUGGAAAGAAGCUUGAGACCAUGACUGCACUACAUUUGUUGACCCCGGCUUUCCCACCUUGUUGAGACUUUAAACGUGCUUUUGUCUUGAAGUGUGUCUGCCUCAUGUGCCAGGCGUCCCACAGGGUGCAGGGAAACACUUUGAUUUGCUCCUUGUUUAGUGCCAUGCCUGGCGCCGCUCCACCUCUUUGUGCUCACGCAUGCACACGUGCAGUACAUACAGUACAUACAGUACAUACAGUACAUACAGUACAUACACACUCACUGGAGGGUCAGAUGUGGCGUUUAGUGGACCUGCGCUCUCAUCUUUCCCAUACAAUAUUGUAGAUGUCACCAACUAUUUCACUGAAUCCAUAUGCUUGUAUUUACACUGUAUAGCUCUUGCUUUGGUCUUAGCCCUCCUCACUACUCUCACGAGUAUCUCCAGGGCCUAAGUUGUGUUAUUGAAAGUACUUGAAUAUGAACAUCUACGGGACCUUUUCUGAUGGUUUCAUUCAUCGUCAUUACAGUCAUGGAGGGGAAUGGUGAGGGCGGGGGGAAGGCUAUUGAAUGACAGGUAUUCAUUCCUUUGGGGACAUCUUUGUGUGUCCCGACUGUGCCGGAUAAGUGAUGUUUGUCAUCCCUGCGCUCCUUUUUGAAGCCCUUUUGUCUCCAAGGUCGGAGAUGAGCUGUGACAGCAGGUCUGAGUGGCACCACGGCCGUGUCAUGGCGGCUCCCUGAGGAAAGCGUUCCUAUCGGUGAGGUGGAUAUCCAGACUAAAUAGCCUUUAAGUGUCCCCUCAAUUCCCAGAGUGCCAUUCCUGAGACUACUACAAGUCCAUGCCUUUGACCCGUGCCAGGAAAAGUUGAAUGUUCUUUUGUUUUUGUUGGCCAUCUCAUUCCACCUCAUGUCCUUGACGGCGUUUAGAAGAAUCACAGCACACGUUGGUCCGAUUCAGUACCAGGAAGUGUUGUUGGAGAGCCAGGAAAAGUGUUCACAUCUCCAAAAGCAAACUUUGCAGCUUUUUGUCUUUGCACCUGCUCUUCCUUUAAGGGUGUGCUGUAAAGUUGACGGCUGGUAUACCUCUUAAACCGCUCGAUUUCCUGUGCCACUAUAUGGUUAGUACGUAUGUGCAUGGCUUAUCCCGGUCUCCCGUGGAACGUUGUCGGCUCUGUGAGACGUUAUGGCUUCCAGUCCUCAUGUAAAAUAUGGGGGGAAAAAACCCAUCAUUCCAUCCCACUUCUACUAGAGCUCCCAUUAGAUUGACUUCUGUUGGACUUCAGGUUGUAGGUUGUAUGAUGUGACAUCCAUGCGACAUCCAGAGCUGAGGACAGUUGAAGUGGCAAUGAAUGGCUUUUGUCCUUUUUGGGUUCUCCGGCACUUUUCUUUGUUGCUGUACUGUACAAUUACCUUGGACUUACUGUAUAUUUUUCUUUGAACAGAAGGGUGACAUUUACUGCAAUAUUGUGAUGCUUAUUUGAAAAUUGUACAGACUUCACAUUGUAGUCUUCUUCUUUCUGUUGGAAUUCCAUAUAAAGCCGUAUUCUAUUUUGAUUAGGGUAUUUUUCUUGUCCCUUUACAGACUGUGGGAAAUGAAAUUGUACAGCUCCAGGAAUGAAUUCUCCUCGGCACAAUUCUUUUUCCCUCCCUCCCCCCAGAGCUAUGAUUAAGAGAAAUCUUAAAACUGUAUAUAAAUAUUGUUGAAAUAUGAAUGUCAACUUCAAAAAUGUAUUUUUUGAGUUAGUCAAGGGCUUCAAGCGUGAAGGACCCACAUUUCAAGUUUUUAUUGUUUCGUAUUUUUUUAAUUUGAUGAAAAAGCGAAUGAUCCUUUUUAAUCUGAGUUGUUUUUUUCCCUUAUUGGACUUAUGUUAUAUGAUACGUCACAUGAAAAAUCACUUUUUAUUCCCUCCAUGCCUAAAGGGAAGUCCAGUUUGCACCCUUUUUUAUGUAAAAUAAAAGAUCUCUUCACCUUU